AAUGCACUGCCAACAUGUAAAAAACGAUGCUAGCCUUUUUAUGAAGAUUGCUUAAGAUUGUGAAUAAAUGUACAAAUAGGCUGAUCUUGAUUGAUUUUUUUGCUACUAUCUCUUCAUAAAAAUAACGGUUGUAAAAAUAAUGUUUCGAACAGUGUGCAAUGAUUUCGUGAAAACUGUAUGCGCUAGUAACAGUGUUCUUGCUGGAUUAAGACUGGCAGAAACUGUGUUGGCAGCAGGGUCGGUUCACGAAGCCUCAAAAGUGCAAGUAGGGACGUUUGCCUUGAGGAAAAAGCCAUCAUAUUUUUGGCAGAAGGAAGCGCACGAUGUAAUGCUUCCAAUAGUAGCAAAGCUAGAUCCCAAUAUUGCAUCAAAAGAGCUGCUUCUUCUGGAAGACUUCAACAAGGAAACAGACCUGUCUGAGGAUAACAAGUUCAACAUAUCAGCUCUGAAACAGAUAGGUGUCGGCGUGGGCAUGAAAUACGACUACAAAAUGUCAGCUGACCUGGGCCAGAUUAAUCGAAUUGACCUCAAUAGAAAAGCUCUGCUAGAUAAGCAAAUUCCAAAGGCAGUAAUUGAUGAAAUGAAGAAAAACCCUGGUUACAGUUUAGCUCUGGUAACAAGUGUGUUUCUGGUUCUCAAUUCCUCUAUCAUCCGACUAGCCAAGGAUGUAAAGGUCACGGACAAAGUCGAAUUUUCAAAGUUGGCAGACGAAAGUGACGGGAAUGCGGUGAACAACGAAAGACUAAACAGCAUGAAGAUGGCUCCUCGUCAGAUCAUAGCCUACGCUGUACAAGACUGCCUAGUAGACCGAUCGACAAAAUCGUUUUCAUUGAUUGAACAUCAUGAAGUGGAUUAAUUCUAUAAAAUUAUGACGCUUUUGUAUUUGAAUUCUAUUUGAUCUUUGCUG